AUGUUUGUUGCUGACAUUCCACCUAUCAUUACUACUAAAAUUCUAUCAGAGUGCGUGUGGAGUUCUCAACACAGAAGUGAAGUUUCUGUUUACGAUUUCAAUGUCAAGCUAAGUAUAGAUGUUCAACUAUCUAUCAAAAAGAAAGAAAAAUCCCACAAUGCGAUCUCAAGGCUGUCAGAUGUGUGUGAAUUAAAUGUGAUCUUCCCAUCAAUGGAAAUCAAAUAA